AAACAAUAGGCGAUCCGCAACUAACGUUGUUGCUCAACGGAGCACGUUCCCCUGUCCUCCCCACAUUUCUCUCUAUUUCUUUGUCUCUCUAACUAUAACUACCUCUUUCUUCCAAAUGCUUUUCUUCUUCACUUCUAAUCACACCCUCUUUCAGGUUGUAGCUGCUGACUCAUUGGAUGAAGAAUUCUUGAUCAAAUAACUGUCUUAGUUGUCAAAAAAUUGAAUUCAAAUGAAGACAGGCUCCAUGAUUUUUUCGUUAUUGCAUGUACCUAGAUGUAGAAUACACAGCUUAGCUAAUUAUUGGGGUGAAACCUUUCACAGCUUCAGUAGUUGUCGUGGAGACAAUUCUAGCAUCAGGCUGCUUAGUUCUAGAAUUUAUGGUCUUCAGGGAGGGCAGAGAAAGAAGUGGACUCGAAGACCAAUUACUACUAAUACAGAAGGCAACGGGAGCACCAAAUCGAGAAGUACCAAGCAUGACAUUUUGAGUGAAACAAUUUUAGCAAAUGCUACUGUAAAUGUAAAUAAAACACAGCUAGGUCAAUUCCAGGAAAUUCAGUAUUGUGACAUACAUCAAGAGAUUGCUCAAAAUAAAGACUUGUCUAGCUUAGUCACUGUUAUUGUUUUUGAUAUUGAAACCACUGGGCUUAGCAGAGAGAAUGAAAGGAUUGUUGAAAUUGCACUUCGAGACCUUCAGGGUGGUGAGAACAGCACUUUUCAGACUCUUGUAAACCCUCAACGCAAAGUUCCUAAUUCACACAUUCAUGGAAUUACUACUCAGAUGGUCAACAAACCUGGUGUUCCUAGAAUGGAGGACCUGAUUCCCAUCUUAUUGCGCUAUGUUCAAAGCCGUGAGAAACCUGGAGGAUAUGUCUUAUGGGUGGCUCAUAAUGCUCGCUGUUUCGAUGUACCCUUCAUCAUUCAUGAGUUACGGCGUUGUUCUACAGCAAUUCCUCCUAACUGGCUGUUUGUGGACACCCUUCCUUUAGCGCGCGAACUAAUGAAGUCUGGAGGAGCAGAACUUUCUUCAACAUCCCUUGCUGCCCUCCGCGAGCUCUACAGAAUAAAAGUCGAUGGAUCAGCUCACAGGGCCAUGGUAGAUGUGAACACAUUGUCCUUGAUUCUUCCCAAGUUGACCUUUGAUCUGAAAUUGACCCUAUCAGGCCUUGUCAAAAAAUCGUUCACAGAGUCAGAUAUUAUCAACUCUAAGAAGAAGAAGAAUUCAGAUUAGUUUCCUGACGAUAUUUUGCAUUGAUAUUGUGACAAAAAAAUAUUUAACCAAAAAUUGGACUCUGAAAUUUGUAUUUGAUGGAGAAAAGAAACUUUGUAAUGUUAACUUGUUAUCAAUAAAAUCUUAUUAUCAUAUG